UGGAACACCUCAAACUGCGGAGCAGCACAAUGCAUUGGCUUGAGUACGGAGGCGUCAAGCAACAGAACGGAUUAAUUAAAACAAUACGGUUUUCAUUGAAGUUUACAACAAGAAAGAAGGAAUUGUAAAAUAACUUUGGGAAGUUGGAUAUCGCAUCAUAACGCGCUAUUGGAGGGACUGACUGAGACUUGCACCACUGUGAGAAGAGAACAGAGAGUGGACACCUUGGUUGAGUAGAGACUGUACUCGCCCGUUGGGAAGCACCCUAACAAGCUUCAAAGCUACACCCUAUAUCCUACAUGUCAAUAUUCAUCCAUCUAGGUUGAACUCUGGCUAUCAGCAAUGCUAGAAAACAACCAGUCCCAGUCCUAAACCCUAGUUGAGCCCUAUCCUAACUCCCAACAAGCCUCCAUGCUCUUCAACCAGUCCUAAACCCUAGUUGAGCCCUAUCCAAACUCUCAACUAGCCUCCAUGCUCCUCAACCAGUCCUAAACCCUAGUUGAGCCCUAUCCUAACUCCCAACAAGCCUCCAUGCUCCUCAACCAGUCCUAAACCCUAGUUGAGCCCUAUCCAAACUCUCAACUAGCCUCCAUGCUCCUCAACCAGUCCUAGACCCUAGUUGAGCCCUAUCCUAACUCCCAACAAGCCUCCAUGCUCUUCAACCAGUCCUAAACCCUAGUUGAGCCCUAUCCUAACACCCAACAAGCCUCCAUGCUCUUCAACCAGUCCUAAACCCUAGUUGAGCCCUAUCCUAACACCCAACAAGCCUCCAUGCUCUUCAACCAGUCCUAAACCCUAGUUGAGCACUAUCCUAACUCCCAACUAGCCUCCAUGCUCCUCAACCAGUCCUAAACCCUAGUUGAGCCCUAUCCUAACUCCCAACUAGCCUCUAUGCUUAUCAACCUCACCGUGUCCGUCAAGGAGUCCCGUGCCUUUCAUGGAACGCCACCCGCCAGCCCCCGCGGUGUUGCGCCCCUCGUCUUGGAAGUGACAGCCAUGAAUACCCUCCCUCUCCUUCCUGGUGCUAAACCUGUUCCCCUACCCCUCAUCCCUGCUCCUCCUCCUCCUCCCCCGCCUCCUCCUCCCCUGCCUCCCUCCUCUCCUCUGACCCGUAUGGACUCGGCCCGUCGCAGCCGGCUGAGGAAGCUGAACUGGGAGCAGAUCCCUAAGGAGAAGGUGGAGGGGAGGAAGAGUGUCUGGAGUGGAGCGGCUACGGAGGAGGAAGAGUUCCUUAUAGAUCUCCCCUCUCUGGAUGAGCUGUUUGGACAGAAGGACAGUAAACCUCAGGACAGAGCCGGGAGUUUGAGACGCAGGUCUGUGCUGAUGCGAUGCAGUUCACCCCAGGACAACACCACAGAUAAGGUCUCACUACUGGACUCCAAACGCAGUAUGAAUGUCGGGAUAUUUCUACGACAGUUCAAGACGGCUGUCCAGGAGAUAGUUGAGGAUAUCCGGCAGGGUGUCGGGACCCGCUACGGGGCCGAGAAACUGUCUGAGCUCUGCAAACUGCUGCCUGACGCAGACGAGGAGGCUCGCCUGAAGCGGUUCAAGGCAGAACGCAGUGGGCUUGGGGAGUCUGACCUCUUCAUGAUUCUGCUAGUGGACGUCCCCAGCUUUCGUCUGCGUCUGGACACCAUGAUCCUGCAGGAGGAGUUUGACCCUGCCGUGACCUCUCUCUGUCUGGCAGCCAGAUGUCUGAGGGAGGCGGCCAGAGAGCUGUUGAGCUGUCCUGAGCUGCACUCCAUCCUCCGUCUGGUUCUGAAGGCAGGAAACUACAUGAACGCUGGUGGGUACGCAGGCAACGCAGCAGGGUUCCGAAUCCCUUCCCUGCUCAAACUGGCCGACACUAAAGCCAACAAGCCAGGCAUGAACCUCCUGCACUUCGUGGCCAUGGAAGCAGUGAAAAAGGACCAGAGUUUACUGUCGUUUCCUGGCCAACUAGGACACGUCGGCCCCGCCUCCAGGUUGUGUGAGGAGGCGGUAGUAGAGGAUCUCUCCAGACUCUACAGCCGUGUGGCUUCCCUCAGGAUCAGUGUCCAGACGGAGGCAGAGAUCCAGCAGCUCACACGGUCUUUCCUGGAGGUGGCAGAGGACCGUCUGAAGGAAGCAGAGGAUGACGUGGAGGGGAUGAGGAUGUCCAGUCAGGCUCUGGUUGAAUUCUUCUGUGAGGAUGACAGCAUCUUUAAACUGGAGGAGGCCUGCAGGGUCUUUCACUCCUUCUGCCUUCGCUUCCAAAGAGCCGUACAGGAAAAUGCCGAGCGGGAACAGAAGGAGCAGAAGCGGAUGGAGCGAGAGCGUGAGAUGGUGGAGAAGCGUCGCUCCGUGGCCGUGUGUACAGGCCUGGACCUGGGUGUGGUUCUGGGUCGGGUGUCCCCACUGGGAACCCAGAAGAACCAGGAUGACCUGGAGAGAACUCUUGAAAACCUGAGCCACACCUGGAGCCAGCGCAGCCUUAGAACCCAGGGGAACCGCAGGCAUUCCCACUACCUCCAGAACACCACCUCCGUUCCUCUUCAGACAUACCCCCACCUCAACUCCUCCAACCUCCGUAAUACCUCCAUCCACCCCCAGACCUCCCCAGGGCUUCCCUGCCCCACCUACCCAAGCCAGGAGAGGCCAUCCCUGGGGACAGAGACCAGGACAGAGCCCCUAGUCAUUCAGCACCAACCAGUCCUGGAGACUAAGAGACCAAAUCAUGAGGGGACAACUCAGACUCAAGUCUCACAAACUCAAUAUGAACUGACUUCCAACGUCACUCAAACCCAGUGUGGACGUAGAUUCAAUGUCCCCCAAAACAGGCAGGACAUUAUUGCCUAUGUCACUCAAACCCAACAUGGAAUUGCCACUAACAUCAUUGAAAGUCGACUCGCACCAACGACUCGAGACACCUCAGUCAGAGACGCAGUGCUUCAGGACCCUGACUUCGCUCCUCUCCCAGGGUAUACGGCCACUGAGGUGACUGAGCAGGCCUUUGAGAGCCAAUCAAAAUCAUCCAUGGCCACUGACACCCCAGACGGUGUCCAAUCGCAGGAGUCUAAGGGAGCCAAGGAGACCUCACAAGGAAGUGGUGGUUCCUUGGAGCUUAGGCUUUCACCUGAGGAGGGAACAACCCAGCAGAGGGAAACAGAAUCUCUCUCUACAGUGGAACAGAGAUGGCUGCCUCCCAGCCUACCAGAGCUGAGCCCACAGCGGGCACAUCAUUACCCAGAGGUCUGCAGUCCUGACAGGGAAAGGAACCGGUCAUACCCAUGUGUGGGCGAAACCCUGGAGUGCCACACCCUGGUCCGAGGUCUGCGUUCCUAUGACAACCUAUCCCCUCCUCCCACCCCAACCACACCCCUCCCCAAAGCCCCACCCAGCCUCUGCUCCAAGUGGAGGAAAGAGAGACAGGUGGGGACUCCAGGGUCUGGUUCUGGGUCUCCAAUGGGGAAAGAGGACUCUCGGAGCGGAGGGAACACUCCUGGGGUCCGAGGAGGGGCGAAGAGGGGCUCGGUACCCCGUACACGUCUGCCUAACGAUACAGGCAUCCAUAGAGCCCUUUUCAUUUCCAAAGCAGAGACACAGGCACCCACUGGCCCUGUCCCAAAUCCUAAUUUACAGUCUACACCACGUUCCACUCGUCUGGCGUCCCCGUCCGUACGCAGCUCCUCCAUGCGCUCCUCCCCCAUCACACGCCCUACUGCUACCCAGACAGAGGUGAAGCGGAGCAGUAGCACCAGGAGUGAGAGGAGCCAGGCUGGGGGUGAGAACCAGCAACAGACCCCAGGGAAACCCUCCAUGACCCGCCGGGCAUCAGAGAGAGCUGGGCUGGGGCUUGGACCAGAGAGGGAGAGGACUUCGAGCACCAGCACCACUAGUAGUACAGCUACCACCCAGCCAGCCUUUGUCAGAGGCUCUCCUCUCAGGGUGACCAAACGUCUCGCCCCCACCUCCAAUUCUGAGACCCAACACUCCUCUCAGCCCCGCUCCACACACAGCCCCUCCUCUGCUACAGCUAAAACCAUCCGUACAGCUGUUAUUGCUGCGGCCAGGACUAAAACGGCCAAGACGAGCCCCAGCACAGAGCCCUCCAGAGCUGCUGUCUCUGCCUGUAAAACCCCCACAGCAACACGGAUACCUGGGCCUAAAAUGGACCGUCCUGCUUCCUCGCCCAUGUGGAAGUGAUCAUGGCAGAUCAUACCACUUUUUCAACUUUAUACAGUAGUCUUACUUACACACAUACACGUACCUAUGUGUGUUUGGGUCCAUUGUACAUGUAUGUGGGAAUCACAAUUCACCAAGUAAUUUAUCAGACCUCUCUGUUCUGGAGGUCUCAGUAGUUGCUGGUCCAUUCAGACUCUAUUCAGCUUGUCCAGAAUCGAUGGGGUGUUUUCACUUCGGUCUCUCCCAUACACUUUCUUGUUUGCUGGGAAGAUGACAAAGGACUGCAACUCCAACAAAAUGGCUGCCACUACACCAGUCUACAGCUGUUCUGUUUUGCACAUGGGCUGUACUGUCACCGUAGAUAGAAAUGUCUUCGGUCCUACACACCACCUCCAUCCACUAGUGUCCUGUGCAGUCAAAAGGGGACUUCAGGGAGAGAUUACUACCCCCCCCCACACACACACACACACCCAACCUGGACUUUGUCAAGCUCCUGAAAUGUGUGCCUCUGACCUUGUUAAUCUGUAGAAAAUCCUUAAUUUAGGAUUGUGGCACUGCAGCCUCCUCUUGGUCAUCCAACAGAAUCCUUCUCAUCAACUUGUUUUUUUUUAGGGUGUAUGUUGAAAAUGGCAUUUUCUUUUUCUUUCAAGGGGUUAAUUUAUUUAACUUUAGUUGUGUCCUAAAUGGCACCCUAUUCCCUAUACAUUGAGUAUACCAAAUAUCCCAAUAUUAAGUUGCACACCCCUCCCUUUUACCCUCAGAACAGCCUCAAUUUGUCAGGGUAUAGUGCACUACUUUUGACAGGAGUCAAUAGGGCUCUGGUCGAAGGUAGUGUACCAUGUAGGGAAUAGGAAGCCAGUGGGGACUCCACAACCAUACUUGAUCAGUCCAGCUCCUAUGUGCCAUGUCAUUUCUGAAUCCUCAAUGAUUUGAGUGUGUAGUCUUAGAAGUGUAUUUCUAAAUGAUGAGAUGCAUGGACCAGACUCCUCAGACUGAAUAUAGUGUGACCCUUCUUUCUCUUUCGUUGCUUUCUCACCUCGGGCUAUUUGUUUGCUCAAUCAGCAAUCAAUCAGUAUGAUAUAUCUGAUUGAUUAUUGGUAAUCGAUCGAUUUUUGUUGGUUAUCCUCAUCUUGAAUGUGAACUUCAUUCUGAUGCACUUUAACAACUGAAGAGGAGACCUGUUGCUAGGAUACUCACUGUAAUAUUCUACUGCUGAUGUUUAUAUCAAAAAAGAGAUGUUAACUUAAAUUGAACGACAUGAAUUGUGAUCCAUGGCGACAAUGUGUGCAUUUAUAAAAUAAAGAUGCUAAUCACUCCGGGUGUGUUUUGUUAGUUUUACUUCAUUAAAGGACUGUUUUUGUUUAAACACAAUAAGGAAC